ACAUUUCCCUGGCAUUCCCAUUUGCUAGAGCGCUGCUGCGGCCGCACGCCUGAUUGAUAUAUGACUGCAAUGGCACUUUUCCAUUUGACAUUCUCUCUCUCUCUCUCCCUCUCCCUCUCCCUCUCUCUCUCUCUCCCUGUGUCGCUUAAACAACAGUCCUAACUUUUGUGUGUUGCAAAUAUAAAAGGCAAGCCAUGUGACAGAGGGACAGAAGAACAAAAGCAUUUGGAAGUAACAGGACCUCUUUCUAGCUCUCAGAAAAGUCUGAGAAGAAAAGAGCCCUGCGUUUCCCCCCAAAGCUGUGCAGCAGAUCUCGCGAUGAUGGAUUGCAAGUGGAAAGAGUAAGACAAGACUCGGGGGGCCUACAAAGGACAAUGACAACCAGAAAGCUUCAGCCAGAUCCUGCCCUUUGCUCGAAAAGGACUGGAUCCUAGGAGGCGAAGGCAUUUCCCAUUCCUAGUCCUCUGCCUCCCUCUGCUGUCCCUUCUCCGAAGUUUUUCCUUACAACAAUGAGAAAUCAUGUACUAGCUGCAUCCUUUUCUAUGCUCUCCCUGCUGGCACUAAUGGGAGAUACGGACAGCAAAACAGACAGCUCCUUCAUGAUGGACUCGGACCCUCUACGCUGCAUGAGGCAUCACUAUGUCGAUUCUAUCAGUCACCCAUUGUACAAGUGUAGCUCAAAGAUGGUGCUUCUGGCCAGAUGCGAGGGGCACUGCAGCCAGGCGUCACGCUCUGAGCCCUUGGUGUCCUUCAGCACUGUCCUCAAGCAGCCUUUCCGCUCCUCCUGUCACUGCUGCCGGCCUCAGACCUCCAAGUUGAAGGCACUGCGCCUGCGCUGUUCGGGAGGCAUGCGGCUCACGGCCACCUACCGGUACAUCCUCUCCUGUCACUGUGAGGAGUGCAGCUCUUGAGACCUCCUACUGAGUGGCUUCUGGAUGGGACCACUUCUCCCUCACCGAGCCAGUUCAACAGGCCAGGGAAGGACUGGCAAGAAAAGAGUUAAGGGAAAGAAAGAAAAAAAAAAAGAUACAGCGAUUCCCACAGGAUUCCACAUAUUCUAGUAAUAAAGACUUUCAGUGCUUGUUGACAGAGAGAGAUGCUCUGGGAACUGGUCUUCCAUCCCUGUCUCCUUUCCCUGGUACAAUUUCUUUUGGUUCCUUUUCAGAUUCAGGCAUUUGCCCCCUUGGCGCUGAAAGUUGUUUGGGUUUCCAACAAUUCCUGCCUUAGUGGGAAAGUGGCGCCCCCUCUCCCCUGCCCCCAUCCCCAUGCCCGAGUGGGUCAAGCUGUCACAGUUUGGUGUAUCUUAGGGAAGCAUUCAUUCUGGAAAGCAGGAGAGUCCAACUCUUUCUGCGAUACCAUCUGGGUUGGUUCGGUUUAGUUUUGAUCCUGUCCAUUGAUCUAAGGUUGCCAUCGCUGCUAAAGGUGACCGAUGGCAAAAUCCAGGCACCAAGCAGGUUGGAGACGUGUAGCCAGGCUCACUCACAGCCAGCUAACUGAUAUUAAACUAACUAACAAAUGGAUUCUCUUAUGUGAUGUUGGAACUCCUGAUAGCGGUCAUUAUUAUUCAGCAAUGACUUUCAAGAAGUAAAAGUGGCAUACAGAAGUUGCCACCUGAAGGCUCUUGCAGUUAAAUUAUGGUAAAAUUUUGUAAGGGACUUUUAAAGACCUGCACAGAUACGGAUCCUGCACUGACUUUGAAAAAGGCAUAUAUGUGCUAGUGGCAUGGAGAACGCACUAUACUCAUGCAUGCAAAUUAGACAACCAAGUAUGAAUCUAUUUGUGGGUGUGCUAUAGCUUUAGCCAUGUUGCAGGCAUCAUUGUCUACCAUCCACUUGUCCAUGUGAAGCUUGCUGCCAAAAUGGUGGCCUGGCUCAUCUUCUGAACAUUUGGCUCGACUCUAUUUUGGUCUUUGAGACUCAAAAUUUGAGUUAUUCCCAUGUUGUGAAAUAAAAAGACAGUAUCUUCAAAA